AACGCAUUAGGAAAAAAGAAAAAGGAAAGAGGGGAUGGAUAUAGAUAAGGGUGGGAAACGAAACCAUAAUGGUUGCUGCUGCUUCAAUGGCAUGUUUGAUGGUAGCAGCGCCAUGGAAUUUGAAGUCACCACCAACAACAACACUCUCUUCUUCUAAUACUACGCUCAAAUUCAAAUUGAAAUGUUGUGCGACAACACAGCAGCAGCAGCCUUUAGUUCACAACGACGACCUUCAAGCUCUCUUACAGAUUCUUCCUUCCGAUUUGCAUCACAAUCUCCUCAACCAACCAAAUCGUCCUCAACUUUUGGAGGUUAUAAUGGAUUUAGGCCGUUUUCCUGAAGCGCGUUAUCUAGGCAAACACGGAAACCACUAUCUAAGAAAUUCUGAGGUAACUAUCAAAGAGUUGGAAUAUGCUGAAGGAGCUGUUGGAGAUUUUGGUAAGGAUAAUAGAGCUGGUAUUGAAGGUACUUUGCAUAGAAUAUCUGCAAUAAGGAGUAGGAAUGGUGGCAUUGUUGGUUUGACCUGUCGAAUUGGGAGGGCAGUUACUGGCCACAUUGACAUGGUUUAUGAUCUUCUUCAAUAUGGCAAGAGCAUUUUAUUUCUUGGAAGGCCUGGCGUUGGCAAGACUACUGUUAUGAGGGAGAUUGCUCGUGUACUGUCGGAUGAUUUUCACAAAAGAGUGGUCAUUGUCGAUACCAGUAAUGAAAUUGGAGGCGACGGGAAUAUUCCUCAUGCAGCAAUAGGUGGUGCACGGAGAAUGCAAGUGCCCAUGCCAUCAAUGCAACAUAGUGUGAUGAUUGAGGCAGUAGAAAAUCAUAUGCCUGAGGUGAUUAUAGUAGAUGAAAUUGGCACAGAAGCUGAAGCUCGUGCUUGCCGGUCGAUUGCUGAGCGAGGCAUCAUGCUUAUAGGGACUGCUCAUGGACAUCAGAUUGAUAAUGUCAUGAAGAAUCCUACACUCUCUGACCUGAUUGGCGGAAUUGAAAGCGUUACUCUGGGAGACGUCGAAGCCAGAGCAAGAAAAUGUCAGAAAACUAUUCUUGAGAGGAAAGCUCCUCCAACAUUUGAUUUCUUGAUUGAAAUGAGAGACAGACACUACUGGAUUACACAUCAGACCGACAAAAGUGUAGAUAUGUUGCUUCGAGGCAAGAUCCCACAGGUCGAGGUAAGAAAAAGAGAUGAAAACAGCAAGGUUGUGAUCGAAAAAUCUAAAGCAUAUGAUAAAUGCCAAAUUUGAACUUUUUCCCCUUUUCCGUACUCUAUAAACCUGUUCAUUUUGUAAAUUGUGUUUUGUUGACAUCGCUAUGUAUAUGUGUGUAUAUCUUUCACUUUAUGUUCCUGGUAUAAACAAUUUAAAACAUGAUGACAUCUAAAUAGAGCAUACCAUACCAUUAUUUGUUGAGACCAAA